AUGCCGUGCUCCAACGCCUUCUUCCGCUUCGGUACCGACGUCUGGGACCCGUCCCACCGCUUCGAGACCUCGUGGCUCGUCGGGCCCUGGCUGCUCUUUGCCUGUCGCGCCCUCUUCUCCCUCUACGCCUUCACCACCCUCUUCUUCACCCUCGGCUGGACCUGCGAACACGACGAGCUGGGCGGGUGCGUCGCCGCCGCCCGCUCCUUCUCCUACUUCACCGUCCUGACCUAUUGGGGUCUCGCAUUCUACUUUUUCGUCGCCGCCCUUCACACCUUCACCUACGCCUCCACCUCGCGGCCUCUGCUCGACCGGUUCCCGCGCCCCCUCCAGGCCCUCCACGCCUUGUUCUACACCACCAUCGUCACCCUGCCCUUCCUCGUCACCGUCGUCUUCUGGGCCGUCAUUUACGAUGGCCCCUGGUUCCCCAUCCCGUUCAACGCCUGGCGCAACGUCAGCCAGCAUGACCUCAACGCCCUCUUCGAGCUCGUCUUCGCCAGGACGGACCCGCCCCUGCUGAUCCAUCUCCUCUGGCUCAUCGCCAUUUUGCUUGCCUACUUGGGCGUCGCCUUCAUCACCCUCGCCGACAAAGGCUUCUACGUCUACAGCUUUCUGGACCGCGAAAAGGUCGGCAGCCGGGGCCACGUCGCGGCCUACGUGUUCGCCAUCGCCAUCGCCAUCGUCGUCGUCUUCUUCGUCGUGUACGUGCUCAUCUGGCUGCGUAGGUGGGUGACGGAGACGAAGCUCGGCCUCAACGGCAAGUUCGCGCGCCCGCAAACGUAUGAUGAGCACGCCGAGAUGAGCACCAUGGGUGCCAAACCCGACGCCUCGGUGCAGGCGUGA